AUGGCUUGGACAUGCAGUGGCGAUACAAACUCGGCGUUGAUCGAGAACAUGUGGAAGAAUGGACUUAUCACUGAUGCGCGAGUAAAAGAGGCAUUCCUCAAGGUUGACCGCGCACACUACGCUCCAGCAGCUCCAUACGAAGACUCUCCCCAACCCAUCGGUCAUGCAGCUACGAUAUCAGCACCACAUAUGCACGCCUCCGCCAUCGAGCACGUCCUUAGCUAUCUCCUCCCAUCCUCAACAUCACCCUCCCCACGGAUUCUCGAUAUCGGUUCUGGCUCGGGGUAUUUAACGCACGUUAUGGCUGAACUUGUCGGCGAAAAGGGGCUUGUCGUUGGGUUGGAACACAUAAGGCAGCUGAAAGAGCUAGGCGAGAACAAUAUGGCUAAAAGCGAGCAAGGAAGACGAUUCUUGGAGAGUGGAAAGGUGAGGUUCAGGUUUGGUGAUGGGAGAAAAGGAUGGGUUGAAGAACCGAGGGAGGGUGAACAACAUGAGGGAAAGGGGUGGGACGUCAUUCAUGUUGGCGCUUCGGCCGUGGAGAUUCAUCCCGAGUUGAUCGAGCAGUUAAAGGCUCCUGGAUGUAUGUUUAUACCCGUUGAUGAUGACAAGAUGGGGUAUAACCAGCACGUGUGGAGGAUUGAGAAGGAUGGUAAUGGGGAGGUCACCAAGAAGCAGUUGUUUGGCGUGAGAUAUGUCCCGCUGACUGAGGCGCCGAAGUAG